GAUUUUUUCGAACUUUUGAAUUUGCCGCCUAAAUGGAAAAAGAGCCAAUCAGAGAUGAAAUUGUUUCGAACUGAGAAUUUUUUUUUCUCAAUGAAAUUUGAUUAAUUUAUUGGAGAGGAAAAAAUAGUUGACAGAAAAUUCUGUGAAUUAAUUUCUUCGUUAAUUUUGAUUCUCAAAUGACUCAGGCAUCUAACGAAGCUUAUGAACUUGUCUUGGAAAGUCUGAGAAAUCUGGUGACUAGUGAAUCAAGUAGAUCGGUGUUAACUCAGGAUAAGAGUGAGAUCAAAAGUGUGGUCACUAUUUUGGAUGGUCAGAAGAUUCGACCCUUGGCCUCCAUUUGUUCAGAUUUUCUUGAGAAUAAAAAAAAUGACCACAAAUGGACACCAAUGUUUCUUGAUGGUUUUCAGAUGUCUAUUGAUGUUCGAGAUUCCCUGACUAAGGAAUGGAUUGAUGAAGCACAGAGCUUAUGUAAAAUAUUGAAUAAUGAACAUUUACAAGCUCUUCUUUGGACUCAUGAUAUUGUCGCCAAUAAACAAUUUGAACCAAGUUUACCUGAAGAAGAGUAUGAAGAUUCAUCUAUGGAAUUUUAUCCCAAUUAUGAUGACGAAAUGGCUUCAGUUAAGAUUGUCCAAGUGAUUAAAAAUCAAGAACCAUUGGGAGCUACAGUUACGUUUGAAGAUCAAACUGGUAACAUUGUCAUUUCUCGUGUUAUCUAUGGAGGUGCCGCUCAUCGAAGUGGCCUAAUCAACGUAGGCGAUUGUAUUCUCGAGGUAAAUGGUUACUCUUUAAAAGGACGUUCUUUCAUGGAAAUACUUACCAUGUUAGAGCAUGAAUGUCGAAACUCUAUCAUCUCAUUUAAACUUCUUCCUGGUGAUUAUGGUUCCUCUGGUCGGAUUAAGAGUGAAUUAACCAUCCGAGUUAAAGCCUUAUUUGAUUAUUUUCCCUCCCAAGACCCUAACCAUCCGUGUCCCGAAGCUGGACUAUCUUUCAAGAAAGGUGAUAUUCUUCAUAUUGUUAACAUGGAUGAAGACGAUUGGUGGCAAGCUCGUCGUGAAGAUGAUUCUCUUGACAUUUUCUACUAUUCGGUCAUCCAUGCAGGUCUAAUCCCGUCUAAAUCACUUCAAGAGAAACGGAUAGUUGCCUCAAGAGAUAUUCGUGAUCUUCGAGAGUUUGGACGUUUAAAAAAACUUAAACUAAACCAUCCACUUCGCUAUAAAAUAAGACGAAGUUUAAAUAAAUAUCGAAAAGUGAAAAAAAUGAUGUACCGAGUUAAAGAUGCCGAUGAACUUGGAAGAGAAGACAUUUCCACUUACCUUGAAGUUUCUCUUCUAAAAUCUUCAACCACACAUUCAACUUAUCGACCAUUAGUUUUCAUUGCCCCUUAUCCUUUGGACACCAAUCGUCUUUUGGAUACACUUAUUGACCAUGAUUCUAAACUUUUCACUCGACCAGUUCCUCACACAACCCGUUCACCCGCUGAAUGGGAACGUGAUGGUUUUGAUUAUUAUUUUGUUUCUACUCAAUGGUUUCUCGAUGAAAUUAAAUGUUCCCGUUUCCCAGAAUAUGGACAAUUUCAACAAGAUUACUAUGGUAUUCAUAUUACCUCCAUAUUAAGAAUAAUCGAGAAAGGUCAACUUUGUCUUCUUAAUCCGAAUCCUCGAGCACUCAAACUACUUUACUCUCCAAUAAUCAAACCAUACAUUGUAUUCCUGCGGCCAUCUUAUGAUCUACUCUUCCAGAAAUCAUCUAAAUUUAUUCCUCUUUGUAUUAAUAGUGAUCAUCUACCAGUCCAGUCAAUUGAUCUCAAACAAAUGGCUCUAAAUUCAAUGAAAUUAGAAUAUCUUUACAGUCAUUAUUUUGAUAGGAUUCUAAUUGUGGAGGACGUUGAGCAGAUUAAAAAAUGUCUCUUUGAUACUGUCAAAUUAAUUAAUAUUGAAGAUCAAUGGGUUCCAGCGAGUUGGAUACCAGAGUAAUCAAAUUUCAGCAAAUCACAACUAUCAAUCAUCAUAAUCAACAUCAAAAGCCAAUAUUGAUUUAAUAAUUAACAAUUAGUAAUAAUCUAAACUUAUAACUAAA